GACAGCAGCUUGGACGCGACUGGUGCACAGGGUGACGACAUCGGGUCUACCCAAGCCACCGGCGCGAGAGCCGCACAGAGGGCCGCGAAAGCCGCGGCCACGGCGACGAACAAGCGAACCGCGAAAGCCGCUGCGAAAAAGAAGCAAGCCGCGUUGUUGAAGAAGCAGGGCAACGACGACGACGACGACCUUGCGACCCAAACCGCGACGAAACGACAGAGAAAUGAGGCUGGGAAAGCGGUGACCACAGCAAGAGGCGGAGGUUCAGCAGGACCAGGAGGACCGCCCGACAAUGACGACCCAGGCGGGGAUCAUUUGUUUCACGGAGCAGGUGCAGCAGCUACCGCUUCCGCGUCGACCCCUGGAGGUCCGCAGAAGCAAAAAACCUUACGGAAGAUUUUUAUGCAGAUGAUGAUGGCGGGAGUGAAGAAGCAGGAC